AUGGCCGACGGCGACGGUGACGGCGGCGGAGAGGGCGGCGGGAGUGCCGAGUGGCAGCCCAUCUACGACCGGGUCCAGGCGCAGGCCGAGGCUCUCGCCGCCGACCGCGCGCGGCUGGAGGCGGCCAGCAAGGUCCAGCGCGAGUCGUGGGAGGCGGCGCGGAGGCUUCAGCGGAGCGUGGAGGAGCUGCAAGCGGCGGCGCGGGAGAAGGACGCCGAGGUCGGCAGGUUGCGAGCAGAAGCCGCCGACGCUACCAAGAAGCUGCAGGAAGUGCGCGAGGCGGAUGCGGGCAGGAGGAUGAGGUGGGAGGCGGCCUACGUGGAUCUGAUUCUCGGUGCUAACCAGAAGCUCGCCGAACUCAGAGAUGUCGACAUGGAGGAUUCCAGAAUUUGUGCAGAAACCCCCAACUCUAAGGCAAGACUCAGUCAGAACACUGUGGAUCAGGCAUGUGUUGCAAGUGAUUUAAGCACGGAGCUAAGAAAACUAAAGCAAGCUUACGAGACUCUGAGCUCAAAGAAGGACCAGGAAGUUUCUGCAUUAUUCUCAGAAAAAGAACUUGCACGUAACCAGUUGGUUGUAAUGCAAAAAGCCUAUGAUGCGCUUCUUAGGAACAAGAACGGGGAGGCAGCACAAACUACUGAAGCAGCUCAGAAGCUUCAGCGGAGUGUAGAUGAUCUUAAAGUGUCGGCCCAAAAGAAGGACGAGGAGAUUAGCAGAUUGCGAGCAGAAGCUGUUGCUGCCGAAAAGAAGCUACUGAUAGCUCAAAAGCUUCAGCAGAGUGUGGAUGAUCUUAAGGCGGCGGCCCAAAAGAAGGAUGAUGAGAUUGACAGAUUGCGAGCAGAAGCUGUUGCUGCAGAAAAGAAGCUACGGGAAAUGCAAUCCUUGGUCCAGGAGAAAGAUGAUGAAAUCCAAACAAUUAAUGAUGGGCAAGAUGAAACUAAUCAGAAGCGCAGGCGUGUCUCCUCGACUUCAAAUGAUGAUGAGCAGAGUGAAAGUGUUGAGGAUGAUGAUGUUCAGAGUGGAAGUGAUGAGGAUGGUGACGAGCAGAGUAGAAGCGAUGACAAUUGUGAUGAGCAGAGUAGAAGUGAUGAUGAUGAUUUGCAGAGUAGAAGCAAUAAUCAAGUUCAAAAGCCUCUCUUGAAGCCCAAGAGAAAGAGAGAUGCUUGUAAUGCCCAGGUCGCCAACAGCAAUAAUCAAAGUAAAAUUUGUCAAUCGAUCCCAAGAAAGCACUACUUGAAUAGGAUGGCUCCAAAGCCGCUGCGCUCACGAAAGCUGUGUAUUGUCAAUGGCAAGCGUUGUCUGGAGGGUACCGGCCACUGGGGCAAUUACGUCAGGCUUGUGAACGACAGCUUGGCAGACCAACCUGACAAGCACAAGGAGUUUGUCAAUUUCUUGCGCAUUUUCAGGACCUAUAGAAUUCGUUAUUCGGCCAGUGCCAUGGAAAAGGCAUUAGAAGGACACCCUCAGCUGAUCCGCCAGUUUAACCAGUUCUUGCCUAACAAUUGUCAGAUCACGGUCAAGGAGGAGGGGGGCAGCACCCCAAUGAGCAGCCGUGAAAAUAUCAGUGCCGUGGCUGGGCUCGUGAAGCUGAAGGAGGGUGGCAGCCCAAGGGUCUGA